AUGAUGCUCUGUGGGCAUAACACACUGCCUACAAAACACCAAUCGGAUCUAAAUCUGGACUGGGCAAAUACUUCAAAAGGAAGAGUAGAUCAACUCAAUGAAUUAGAAGAAUUCAGGUUCAGUGCUGAUGAAACUUCAGCUCUAUACAAAAAAAAGAUGAAAAAGUGGCAUGAUUCUAGAAUCCUUAAGAGGGAAUCCCGAGUUGGAGAUUGGAAGUUGUUGUAUAAUUCUCGACUAAGACUCUUUCCAGGAAAGCUCAAAUCCAAAUGGUCAGGUCCAUUUAGAGUAACACAGGUUUUCACAAAUGGUGCCAUUGAAGUUGAAAGUAAAGAAGGCCCUGCCUUCAAGGUGAAUCGGCAACACUUGAAGUUAUAUUUUGGAGAUUGCCAAGAAAUUUCUGUGAUUGAAGUGGUAUAUCUAGAGGAUUCUUGA